AUGAUCAACAAAUGCUUUUCAGAGGCAACUAUUGAAAAUAUAUUGUCAUCUUUGGUGAAUCUCUCUAUAAAGAAUGAGGAUAAGUUGAUUCUUAAUGCUAUAAAAUCGAUGAAAGAUGGUUCCCCAACUAACCUAAAAAUCUUCCUCAAAUUGGGUCUUAAAGCGAUGUUAAUCGAAAAGGAUAAAACACCUCAGUGGAAUCCAUCAAGUCUAGAGGAAGUGAAGGAAGAAACAGUGAAAAAACAUUUUGAGGAAAUGGAUGAUGAUGAGUUCCAGCCUUUGGUUCUAGAUGCUUCUAGAACCCUCAAUGAUGGACUGGUCUUACAAUUAUUGAAGAACUUAAUGGAAUAUGAGCUAGAUCCUAAUGUUAACCUUGUGAUGAUUAAGGCAAAUGGAAAAGCAUUUUCAGCUGGUGGUGAUCUUUUAUCUACCCUAGGAUUAACAACUGCAGGUCAUUGGAGUCUUACAGCCAAAUAUUACUACAAGUGGUUAACAUUACUUCACUUAAACAUCACAUAUAAGAAACCAUUGGUAAACAUUGUGAAUGGAUUCGCAAUUGGUGGAGGCGCAACUAUGUCUACGUUUGCAACAUUUCGAAUCGUUACUGAGAAUACGAUAUUUUCAUUGCCAGAGAUAGCAAUAGGUAUUAUUCCAAAUGUGGGUGCCGGAUAUAUUUUGUCCAGGCUCCCAGGUUACUUUGGAGAAUUUUUGGGAUUGACAGGAGCUAGAAUAGAUGGGGCUGAUAUGAUUGCAUGUGGACUAGCAACUCAUUUUGUUCCUUCCAAGGUAUGUUACUUAUUAUUAGAAGCACAAAUAUUAUUAAUGCUUCUUAUUUAUAUCAUUAUGAAACUAGCUUAA